GCCGCGUCGCGUCUCUCGGUAGGCCCGGGCCGCGGCGUCCCCGAGCCCCGCAGCGAAGGCGCCAUGGAACGGCCGGCGCCCCUGGCCGUGCUGCCCUUCUCGGACCCCGCGCACGCCCUGAGCCUGCUGCGUGGCCUGAGCCAGCUCCGCGCCGAGCGCAAGUUCCUGGACGUGACCCUGGAGGCGGCGGGCGGGCGCGACUUCCCGGCGCACCGCGCCGUGCUGGCGGCCGCCAGCCCCUACUUCCGCGCCAUGUUCGCCGGGCAGCUGCGCGAGAGCCGCGCCGAGCGGGUGCGCCUGCACGGCGUGCCGCCCGACAUGCUGCAGCUGCUGCUCGACUUCAGCUACACCGGCCGCGUGGCGGUGAGCGGCGACAACGCUGAGCCGCUGCUGCGCGCCGCCGACCUGCUGCAGUUCCCGGCCGUGAAGGAGGCGUGCGGCGCCUUCCUGCAGCAGCAGCUCGACCUGGCCAACUGCCUGGACAUGCAGGACUUCGCCGAGGCCUUCAGCUGCGCGGGGCUGGCGAGCGCGGCCCAGCGCUUCAUCCUGCGCCACGUGGGCGAGCUGGGCGCCGAGCAGCUGGAGCGGCUGCCGCUGGCGCGCCUGCUGCGCUACCUGCGCGACGACGGGCUGUGCGUGCCCAAGGAGGAGGCCGCCUACCAGCUGGCGCUGCGCUGGGUGCGCGCCGACCCGCCGCGCCGCGCCGCGCACUGGCCGCAGCUGCUCGAGGCCGUGCGCCUGCCGUUCGUGCGCCGCUUCUACCUGCUGGCGCACGUCGAGGCCGAGCCGCUGGUGGCGCGCUGCCCGCCCUGCCUGCGCCUGCUGCGCGAAGCGCGCGACUUCCAGGCGGCGCGCUACGACCGCCACGACCGCGGGCCCUGCCCCCGCAUGCGCCCGCGCCCGUCCACCGGCCUGGCCGAGAUCCUCGUGCUCGUGGGCGGCUGCGACCAGGACUGCGACGAGCUGGUCACCGUCGACUGCUACAACCCGCAGACGGGCCAGUGGCGCUACCUGGCCGAGUUCCCCGACCACCUGGGCGGGGGCUACAGCAUCGUGGCGCUGGGCAACGACAUCUACGUGACGGGUGGGUCCGACGGCUCCCGGCUCUACGACUGUGUGUGGAGGUACAACUCAAGCGUGAAUGAGUGGACAGAGGUGGCACCCAUGCUCAAGGCCCGCGAGUACCACAGCUCCUCUGUGCUGGACGGGCUGCUGUACGUGGUGGCCGCCGACAGCACAGAGCGCUACGACCACACCAGUGACUCCUGGGAGGCCCUGCGGCCCAUGACCUACCCCAUGGACAACUGCUCCACCACCGCCUGCCGUGGCCGGCUCUAUGCCAUCGGCUCUCUGGCCGGCAAGGAGACCAUGGUGAUGCAGUGCUACCACCCGGACAGCGACCUGUGGUCGCUGGUGGACUGCGGCCAACUCCCACCCUGGUCCUUCGCCCCCAAGACUGUGACUCUGAAUGGACUCAUGUAUUUCGUCAGGGACGACUCGGCCGAGGUGGACGUGUACGACCCGAUGAGGAACGAAUGGGACAAGAUCCCAUCCAUGAACCAGGUGCACGUGGGGGGCAGCCUGGCCGUCCUUGGAGGGAAGCUCUACGUGUCUGGGGGAUACGACAAUACGUUUGAACUUUCGGACGUGGUGGAGGCUUAUGACCCAGAGACUCGGGCGUGGAGUGUGGUGGGGCGGCUCCCGGAGCCCACCUUCUGGCACGGAAGCGUCAGCAUCUUCCGCCAAUUCAUGCCCCAGACGCCCCUGGGCGGGCAUGGCUUUGAGCUGGACAGUAGCAGCAAUGACGUGGACGCUGGCUACCGCCGGCUGCUGCCAAACCCUGCUGAGCUGCACUAGCCCCGGCCUGGCCCAGGCAGGGCCUCGGUGCAGGUGACCCAGCACCUCUUGGGGGGCAGUUCCCCCUUUGUGCACGAGGACAGAUUGGGUUCACCAGGUGGAGUAUGGGCUCUUGGGCAGCCGAGUGAGCCCCAGGAUUGGUCGCCUGAAGGUUUCUGUGCAUUUAGAACUUGAGUCACAGCUACUGGGGCCAAAGCUGGUUGCGAAUGCCCCUCCCUCGGUCAAGGAAGAGCCACCUCUCUGCCAGCACAUGUCCCAGAGAUCACCUCCAACCUUCGGACCCCCAGCUCAGCCACGCAGUACACACCUCUCCAGCUGUGCCUGCUUGUUUCCAUCUUGGGAGGGCCACUUGUUGGGGGCAGAGGGGAAAGAGAGGGGUCCUCCCAUGAGGCUCUCAGAAUGGCCUGGGCCCAGAACACUGGGAACCAGGCAGGUGAUGGUUGCAGUGGGGUCCCACGCUCCUCGUCUGGUCCUGGGCAUGCCCAGGCAGGCCAGCUCCCCAGAUGGAGCUCCCCGGAUGUGCUGCCUCGCUCCUCACCAAGUCUCACCCACAACACCUCGCUGGGGUGGCCCUCCAGAGGCUGAGCACAGCUUUGGGACCGAGUAGGAAUGGGAGCCUGAAGGGGGUCCAGAAGGGUCUGCUGAGUUUUCUGUCACAGGAGGAUCUUGCCGUAAUGGAUGCUGCAUCCCCCCAGCCGGUGCAUCCUCACCCAGCGUGGAGACUCCCUGGACCUUUGUCUCAGCUAGGGAAGGGGAGGGUGAAAGCCUGCCACGCAAGGUGACAGCAUCUCACCGGGAGGCCCUGUAAGUCUGCCAUUGACACCCAGGAAACAACCGCAAACACCCACAGCCUUGCCCCGACAGUGAAGAGUCCCAUUGCUUCCUAGGGACGCCCUGGGCAAGGUGGCCUUGGUGGUUGGGUCCUGGGUUUGAAGUGCUUGCAGUUUGACCCUCAAAGAGGUGGAGAGGAGGGGGAGCGAGAAUCAGGGUCAGCUUUGAUUUUCACAUCUAUGAAGUGCCAUUGGCAGAGCUUUCUGUGGAAGCUCGGGCCCGGAUCCAGAGGGGCUCCAGGGAUCACCGUGACUUGGGGGACCCUGGCUCUCUCUCAGAAGUGGGAGGGUUUCGAUGGAUCGUGGGGCACGGGCCCUCGAGGCACCCGCAGUAGCCUUCCCCAUGUUUUCUCACUAGGUGACGUGAAAGCAAAUGUUUAGUGAGUUGCCUUUUCCUAGUGAACUGGUUUAUGGAGAUAUGUUCUCAUCAGGGGAAAAAUAGUUGCAGAGCCAUCACUUACAAUUGUACUUAAAGCCCUUUAAUUGGCUGGAUGGCAUGUGUGCUGCCUUAAUUUUCCUGGGACACCUAGCAGGGCUGUCGGGGUCCCCUGCCUUGCCUCCCUCGUGCUCCUGAGAGUUCCUGGUACACUGCCAUACAGUGCAUGUCAUCGCUACUGGGUUAGAGAAUCUUGUUCUACAGCCUGGUUGGAGAAGCACCAGCUCAUAGCAGCCCUUGUCCCUCCCUUUGGGUUGUCACUUGGGGUAACAAGUGAACGCCUGCUGUGUGCCAGGCACUGGUGGGAGGGCUGGGGCUGAUGGGGGACAGCACUGUCUAGGGCCGUGGGCCUCUGUGGACCACAAGGACAGGCAGCUGGGCUUCCUGCAGCCUGCACCUCUCUGGCGCUGCUGUGUGCUCUGUGCCCCAGACCUCCUCUCUUGGGUCCUGCCUUUACCACUCCUGAGCCAGGUGAGCCCCUCUGCUCCUGUCAGCCCUAGAAAGAUCCCUCCCACUGACCACUUAAAUUUCCUGGGGUUGCUGAGCCCACCCAGAGGUUGUCCCUGCUUGAUCUGUCGGCAGCAGGGGAGCUGCAGCCUUACAGGACUGAUCAGGCCCUGAGCUCAGUGCCAGAGAAUGCACCCUGUCUGGUCUGCACAGACACAUUGGGUUGACUGUUGGGCCGGGGGUUGGGUACAGGGGGACAGGCUGGGAAGCCUCCAAAGUUAGGAGGUAGCCCUUGCUCUUAUGGAAAAGAUCUCCAGAUUCCUGCUCUUCUCAGAUGAGGGUCUUAGUGUGGGACGGCACAGGGAAGACGGGCCUGGGUUUGUGUCCUUCUGUGUCUGCUCUGCUGAGCCACCCGGGUCUCCACCAUCAGGACCCCGUCUUUUGGUUUGAAAGACCAAGGAUGGAGAAGAGCAGGCUACAGCCUCAGUAACAGCAGGUCCCUCCAGCCUACGGACUCCAGCUGGGGUCCAGGACCAGGUCUCUCCCCUCCCCACUUCCCCUUGCCUGGACUGUCACAUACCUACCACUUACGGAUGUCUUUACACUGACUUUGGGACAGAUGCUGGGCCAUGUGGGGAUGGAACUGUUACUACGUGUUACAUGUGCAGAACUUUUAUCUGUCUACAAGACAACUUAAGUUAUGAAAACUCAGUGACUGGUAUUUAAUGCUGAUCUGCUACUGUAAGGUAUUCUAUAUUUAUAUGACCUCAGAGACUUAUGUGCUUAAAGGAUACUCUCUCUCCAGUGUCCAACAUCCACUUCCGCCCCAGAGGAUGGGGCAGAUUUGUGUAUUUAUUUUUGUCUAUUCUGUAGGCUUACAUGUCUAGAACCCUGUUUAAGGUUUUAGAAUGCCGUCAAUCCUUUUUGAAAUAAAACGUUUCCUAUA